GUAUGUGUGAGUAAGUUUGGAGUAAGGCUCUGUUUAGUUUGAGUACAUGGUUUAAAGGGAUAAUAUUACUUACAAAGCAAUUGUAAGCAGAUAAUAAAAGGAUAAAAUGUCGGAUAUUGAAAAUGAAGUUUUCAAAAAGCAAAAUGACACAAAUAAGGACGGUCGGUUAUCUUCUCCGAGCGGGUCUGAGAAUCCACGAAAACAGAAGACGAAAUGCUCGAAAAGGCGCUCAAUCAUAAUCUUGAUAAUAUUAAUAGUCAUGAUAGUAUGUUUAUUAGCGAUUGGUAUAGGUGUUGGAUUUGGCUUACCCGAACUCCUAGGACACACAAGUAAAGAAUCUGUUCGGUUGAUAACAGUGGCAGCAGUAGCUGCUGACCAUGCUAAAUGUUCAGAAAUUGGCAGGGAUGUGUUAGAUAUCGGUGGUUCAGUUGUAGAUGCAGCAAUAGCUACAUUAUUGUGUACUGGUAUCAUGCAACCACAUAGCAUGGGUAUCGGUGGAGGUUGUUUUAUGGUGAUAUACGAUCAACAGAGACAAUCUGUUGAUGUUAUUAAUGGACGAGAAAUUGCCCCAGAAGCCGCAACUUUCGACAAGUAUGCCAACAAGUCACCUUUAUUUGGUCCACUAUCAAUUGCUGUUCCUGGAGAAGUAAAAGCUUACUGGAAGGCUCAUCAAAAAUAUGGAAAAAUACCAUGGAAAGAUUUAUUUGCCCCUUCUAUCAAAAUGGCGAGAGAAGGCGCACCGUUGUCCGCUUCGGCAGCUCGUGGUUUAAGACUUAAGAGCGCUUACUUGGCUGAAAAGCUUAAUACAACACUUAAGGAAUCAUAUCCUGAAUUGUGUAAAAUUUUCUGUGAUGAAAACGGUGAAAUAUUAAAAGAAAAUAGUACAAUAUAUAGAGGCACAUUUGCUGAAACGUUACAGGGUUUAGCCGAUGAAGGUCCAGAUUACUUAUAUAAUGGGGAAGGUGCAAGAAAACUUAUAAAAGACAUCAAAAAAUUCAAUGGUAUUUUGACAAUGGAUGAUUUAAAGAAUUAUAAAUUAAAAGACAUACAAGCUAUAUCUUAUCAAUAUGGUAAUAUAACAAUGCACACAUUAGGUGCUCCAAGUAGUGGACCUGUUAUGGGAUUAAUAUUAAAAAUUAUGGAAGGUUUUAACUUCACGGCCGAUGAUUUAUCAAGUUUAGAUAAAAAGGCAGCUAUGUAUCAUAAAAUGAUAGAAUCUUUUAAAUUUGCGUACGCUGAUCGUUUGAAAUUAGGCGACCCAUUGUUUGUCAACUUGAAGGAUUGGAUGAAUAAAAUGGUCUCACCGGAAUAUGCCAACUUUUUACGUCAACAAAUAGACACCAGUUUUACCCAUAAUACAACUUAUUAUACUAAUUUAACUAGUGGUAAUUGGGAUAGUCACGGUACAACGCAUAUUUCUAUAAUAGGACCUGAUGGAGAUGCUGUAGCAGUUACAUCAACCAUUAACUAUUACUUCGGGUCAUUAUUAUAUUCUCCAUCAACUGGUAUUAUAUUGAACAAUGAAAUGGAGGAUUUUUUUUACCCUGAUACUACAGUUCCGGAUCAACUUAAUUCACAAAGCUCAAACUACGUAGCUCCAGGGAAAACGCCAUUGUCAUCCAUGUGCCCCGCCAUAUUUGUAGACAAUAAUGGUGAAGCUAUUUUAGUUAUGGGUUCAUCUGGUGGGACCAGAAUAACCACAGUUAAUGCACAAGUAGCGGCUAGAAUUUUAUGGCUAGACCAGUCAGUAAAAGAAGCUAUACAAACUCUAAGAUUUCAUCAUGAGCUAUUUCCUAAUCACAUCGUAUUUGAACAAGCGUAUCCUAAGGAUGUUGUAAAUAUACUCCAUAAUCAAUAUGGACAUGAACAUACAGAAAGAACCACACAUAUGGCAGAUGUGCAGGCAGUAGCACGUGACCCUAUAACGCGGGAAUUUCAGGCUUUCUCAGAUGAACGUAAACAUGGCAAGGCCAGCCUCUUGCAGAAAAACGUUACAGUUUCAAACUGAUGUGAUAGAAAUACAUCCUUAAUGUACAGGCCCUGUUUCUCGAAAUCUUAACUAAAGAUAAAAUCCAAAUUUUAGUAGAUACUUUAAUUUUGAUUGGCUAAGAGCAUAAAUCAAUCUAAUAUUAUCCAAUCAAAUUACUAAAAUUUGGAUUUUAACUUAGUUAAAAUUUCGUGAAACAAGCCCCUGAUAUAACUAUCUCUGUGACCAUUAUAGAGGUGUUUAUUAACAGAAACCAGUAGUACUCAGCCUUAAACCAGGGAGUUAGAAAUUUAGAAGUUCUAACUCCCCGUUUCAACUUUCACUUUGUGAUUUCGGAAAAAUACGGAUUUAUUUACUGUUUUGCAUUUUAACCGCUCGAUGCUUUUAACAUUUUGUUAUUAGAUUUAUGUCGUAUUUUUAAACUGUGUAGACGAAAUGAAAUGAAAUGAAAUUUAACGUCCAACUGUUCUGCUCCAACUAGGCUAUUGAAGGCGGGCAUACGCCAUAUAGUGUGCUAUGAGGGAAAUUUUGCCCAAACAGCAUCAUUACGUCCUACUCUUAUUAUUAUUAUUAUUACAGCAUAUUUAUAGUGCACCCUUUCAUAUAACAUGUUCAGGGUCACUUUACAAAGUGACAAUGUAAAUCACACAUAAACAACAAGAUUAUGGGUUAUAUCGAAUUCCAACUGUCAAUGUGUACACGGGACCUCGGUUUUUUGUCCCUUGCCAAUCCAUCGGUCCUGCACCACUGCCGAGGGGGAACCACACCGAAAAAUCCAGAUGAACUUUCUCGGCCAAUGCAAGAAUCGAACACCCGACCUCCAGGUUAGCGAGCCAACGUCUUACCCGACUAGCUAUCAUGGCUUCCGAAGCUGUGUCGACGAUCUGGAAUCCAAACAAAUUAAAGAAAACACGAGACUCAUCGUGUUGGGGGCGACGCUCUUCGAAAAAGCCGAAGUACGUUCAUUGAACGAUUGCACAUGCGUAAUCAUAAUGCUUAAUUAAAGAGGAGUUCUUCGUCCGGCAACAGUAGUUUUCGAAGGUCUUGGUAGAUACAUCCUAUUAAUACACCUGUUGGAAGUUGGCAAAAAAUGAAAGGAUGUUUGGUUGAGUAAAUUCGAUGGUUGGCUAAAUCGUAAAACCCAAGACCGGUCCCUCUUAAGACUUUAAACAAUGUAACUUCCCCUCUACGUGCACCUAAAAUAUAUAUAAGGUAUUGAAAGCUUUGUUAAGAAUUUAGGUUAACUUUGAACUAUUCAUGGAUGCUUAAUUUGCAUAUUUUUGAUAUGGCUUCUUGCCGAAUGUAUGACAACUCAUCCCAAUUCACUCGACCGAAGACCAAUCGGACCACUCGAAGACCAUUCGCACAAAGAUGAAGACCACUCGGACCUGCUGCCCGGGCAAAAUUUCCCCCAUAGCACACUGUAUGGCGUAUGCUCGUCUUCAUUAGCCCAGUAUAGGAGCAGAACGGUAGGACGUUAAACUCCAUUUCAUUUCAUUUCAUUUCAGGUUCUGAAGACCACUCGGACCAAUCAUCCCACAAUAGUUGUGUUUGUUAUAAUACAUGGUCCGAGAUAGAAGACCACUCGGGCCUAAUUAAAAUAAAAUACUAUCCCUUCAUCAC